AUGGGCUGUGCUGCUAAUGCUUCACAUUCUCCAGUAUUCUUGCUCCUUGGGUUCUCAAGAGCUAGAGUCGCCCCCAGUCUCCUCUUUCUACUGUUCCUGGCUAUUUACCUGAUCACCAUAAUGGGGAAUGUGACUCUAGUGCUGCUUAUCUCCCGGGACUCCAGGCUCCAUUCACCCAUGUACUACCUGCUCCGUGGUCUUUCCGUGAUAGACAUGGGGCUGUCCACAGUUACCUUGCCCCAGUUGCUGGCCCAUCUGGUCUCUAAUUAUCCAGCCAUUUCUGCUGCCCACUGUUUGGCCCAGUUCUUUUUCUUCUAUGCAUUUGGAGUUACAGAUACACUCGUUAUUUCUGUCAUGGCUCUGGAUCGCUAUGUGGCCAUCUGUGACCCUCUGCACUACCAUUCAGUGAUGAAUCGCCAACUCUGUGCCCGGUUACUGGCCUUGUGCUGGCUGGUGUCCAUAGUGCACACCAUGCUGCAUGUGGGACUCCUCUUGCCUCUUCACUGGGCUAGGGAUGUUGAGGGCAAUGUUAACCUUCCUCACUUUUUUUGUGACCACCGACCACUUCUGCGAGCCUCUUGCUCUGACAUACACUCCAAUGAGCUGGCCAUAUUCUUGGAGGGUGGCUUCCUGAUGCUAGGCCCCUGUGCCCUCAUUGUACUCUCUUAUGUCCGCAUUGGGGCCAACAUCCUACGUUUGCCUUCAGCUGCUGGUCGCCGCCGUGCUGUCUCCACCUGUGGAUCCCACCUCACCAUGGUUGGCUUCCUCUAUGGCACCAUCAUUUGGGUCUACUUCCAGCCUCCUUCCCAGAACUCCCAGGAUCAGGAUAUGGUGGCUGCUGUGAUGUACACUGCCAUUACACCUUUGGCCAACCCUUUUGUGUACAGCCUCCGCAACAAGGAUGUCAAGAGUGCAUUCCGUGGACUGCUUGGCUGGAGGAGGGUGGACCCCUGAUUAGCCUGCCUAAGGGCCAUAUUGGUUGUAAGGAAGGAAGUGAGCAGAUCUGAGCAUGGCUGGUUUUGAAGAGAUGAGAAGGAGGGAUGGCCUGCACAACUUAUGGAACUCCAGAUUUGACUCUUGUAGAUGUGCUGCAAUUACAAAGCUGUGGCAUUCAUGUCACAUGUGCUCAGGGCUUCCUCAUCAGCAUUCCUCUGGAACCCCACCUCAAGCCAUUUAUCUUCAGUUAUAAAAGUAGAUAUAAAUAAGUCACUAGGCUUGUGUAGGUUUAAUUCCAGAGUUUUGAAAAAAUGAGAGAAUAUUAUUGUGAAAUUCUGAACUAAAGCAGAGACAAUGAAGUUAAUUACAGUCACAUAUAACUUGGUGUGAUUGUUUGUGGAAAAUGUGUUGGUGUAUAUCAGACAGUUAGUGGAAGAGAACGGUUUGGGUAAAUAAGGAUGACAAUUUCAUACCUGUUCCAUUUCAGUGAGCCAAUAUA